CGGGGGGGGGCACCCGGUUACCAGGCAACGGGAUGCCCCAGAGUGAAGCCACUGAGCGGAAUGCGUGGGGCAGGACAGUUGAUAGACCUUGAGCAGCAGAAAUGAGCCCUGAAAAGCAUCCCGAGGAGGAGGAUGACGUUGACGCAGUUCUUCUUUCAGCGUCCAAGAUCCUAAAUUCCUCGGAGGGUGUAAAGGAGAGUGGCGGCAGUGAGACAGAAUGUGGCUGCAUAUCAGACUCAGAAAAUCAAAUCCAACCACAGUCAGCAUUAAAAGUCCUUCAACAUCAGUUGGAAUCAUUUCAGGCUCUUCGAAUGCAGACUUUGCAGAAUGUUACUAUGGUACAAUCUGAAAUCAGCGAAAUAUUGAACAAAAGUAUUAUUGAAGUAGAAAGCCCACAAUUUAGCUCAGAAAAAAACCUAUUAUUCAGCACACACACUGAAAAGGAUUUGGAAGAAUGGAGUAUCAGAGAUGAAGACAAGGAAAUUCCUAUCUUGAAAACCUUAAAAGAUCCUAUAGAGAAGCAAGAAGAAAUCCUUUCUAUGGAGAAAAUUCAUCAUUUUGAAGAUUCCAAGGCACUUCAUUCAGUUGAAGAAAAAUUCAGUAGCAAUAAUGUCAACAGUCCCUCUCGAAGUACAAAUAUUCCAUCUCAGAUACAUUACAAGGAUACAGUAAUUCUUGAGAACUUAAAACCUUCCACAGAUAAUUCAGCUUCAAACAUAAUUAUGAACCCCUCAGAAAAGUCUGAUGUGUUAAAGAAUUAUAAUAAUAUUUACAGUUUUUUGCCUACAGUACCUCAAAAUGUGAUGACUCCAGCUAAUACAAUAAUUCUCGACAAAUCUAAAAUUACUGUGCCUUUUCUGAAGCACGGAUUCUGUGAAAAUUUAGAUGAUAUUUGCCACUCUAUUAAACAAAUGAAGGAAGAGCUUCGAAAGUCACACAAUAGGGAAUUGGCACUUACAAAUGAACUGCAAACUUUAAAAACAGAUACAAAUAUUCAAAGUAAUGAUAAACAUGACCUGUCUCCCACUGACAAGGAAAAAUUUAAUUUUAGUGAGGAAAAAAGCAUAAAUGAUAAUUUAAAUGAAGAUAUAAAAUUAAAGAGAAUUGCAGAAUUAGAGGCAUUAGUAAACAAAUUACUCCCACUCAGACAAACAGUAUCAAAAUUCCAUGUACAUUUUUGUAGGAAAUGUAAAAAAUUAUCUAAGAGUGAGAUACACAGGGGUAAAAAGAAUGAGAAAAAAUAUAAAGAUUUUCCUAUCACUGGCAAGAAUAUUACCGAGAUAAAGUUCCAGCCCAGAGUGCCAAGAUAUACGCUAUCGUCCCUUGACCAAACAAAAUGUGAACUAAAAGACAAAGAAGCACAACCAUUUGUAGUAAAACAAGGAUCAGUACUACUCGAAAAUGAGAAAACAUCCAAAUUCAAUUCUGUUACUGAGCAAUGUGUUGCAAAAAUUCAGUACUUACAAAAUUACCUAAAAGAAUCUAUGCAGAUUCAGAAAAAAGUAACAGAACUGGAGAAUGAGAAUCUAAUCCUUAAGUCCAAAAUGAAACCUCUUAUCUUGACUACACAAUCCCUGAUACAGAAAAUUGAGACAAAUGAAAAACAACUUAAGAAUAUGGUUGAAGAAAAGAACACUAUUCAGUCCAAGUUAAUUAAAACAGAAGAAGAUAGUAAAGAAUGUCUUAAAGAACUUAAGAAAAUAAUUAGUAAAUAUAAUGUUCUCCAAGGCCAAAAUAAAAUGCUAGAAGAAAAAAUGAAUCAACUUUUUUUGGAGAAGCAACAAACGAUAGAGGCAUUAGAUCAACUGAAAAGUAAAGAACAUAAAACUCAAAGUGAUAUGGUGAUUGUCAAUAAUGAAAAUAACCAAAUGAGUAUAGAAAUGGAAGCAAUGAAAACAAACAUUCUGCUGAUACAAGAUGAAAAAGAAAUGUUAGAGAAAAAAACACACCAACUUUUACAGGACAAAAGCUCACUUGAAAAUGAACUAAAAGAAAGACAGCUGGAGAUCAUGCAGCUAAAAGAGAAAGAAAGAUUGGCAAAAACUGAACAAAAGACACUUAUUCAAAUAAUAGAAACAGUUAAAAAUGAAAAAGCAAAUCUUGAAACAGCGUUACAAGAAUCUACUGCUGCCAGGCAAAUGAUGGAAAGGGAAAUUGAGAAUGUUCAAACCUACCAAUCCACUGCAGAACAGAAUCUGCGGAAAGAAAUAAAAAAUGCAAAAUCAGAAGCAAGUAUUUAUAAAAACAGCUUGUCAGAAAUCAGCCAGGAAUGUGAAAUGUUAUCUAAAAUGGUAAUGGAAAUUAAGACAGAUAAUCAGAUUCUGAAAGAAGAACUGAAGAAACAUAGCCAAGAAAAUAUAAAAUUUGAAAACAGCAUCAGCAGACUUACAGAAGACAAAGUACUUUUAGAGAACUAUGUACGAAGCAUAGAAAAUGAAAGGGAUACCUUGGAAUUUGAGAUGCGGAAUCUUCAACGAGAAUAUUUGAGUUUAAGUGAUAAAAUCUGUAGUCAGCACAAUGAUCUAUUAAAAAUGGCUUACAUUCCAAGAAGGGAGAAAUUCCAUUUAGACAAUUAUGAUACUUGUCAAGACAUUUCAAAGAGUAGGCCUUCAGCUCCUGAUUUGAAAGGAAUUCCAAGCAAAAUGUAUCCACUGCUUCCACCCAAGAUAUGUAAAUAAAUUUCUAAAAUCAAUGUUUCAAAAA